CCCCCUUCGACCUCUACCUUGGAGAAGGGGAGGGGGGUGUACCUUAGCGUAGGUCCCAGAGCUUGCAACACCCCCUAGUGACGGAGGACCCUGUGUUUUGCCUGAUGGGCGGCCGGUUUGCUCACCACCACACAACCCCGUCCUGCCCAACUUUCCCCUACGUCUGUGUUCACCUCUUCUCCACGACAAGCCUUGCACCGACCCUUUUCGCCCCUCUUAUUUUCUUUUAUAAACCCAGGACCAUUCCUGCCAUCCACCGUUUCUUGAAAGCCCGUUUCAUCAGCAUCCAGCUACAAUAACUACAACCUCACCGUUCUCAAAACAUUCUCAAGCUCUUAUACACAAGCAGCUCUACCACUUAUCUUCGACGUAACUCAUCAAGCAACUCUCAAUACUCCUUACCAAGUCUAUACGUUAAGCCUCUCAACAGCGGCUUACCAACAAACAAAACCACAAACACUUCUAAACCGCAUAUAUGAGCCCUUCCACCAUGCCCGCUCGCCAGGACGCCUACUCUGUCUCCAUCCCCAUCUCUCCUCCUCCUCCAUCAGAUCUCUCUACCUACAUGCGCUCAAUGCACCAACACACUAAGCGCCAAAUGGAGGCUGCCAACCGCUCUUCCACCAGGAGAUCCGGCGGCCGCACAAGCUACCCUUCUAUCAACGGUCACCACUCUUCAUCAAGCCACGACUCAUCGUACUAAGACAACAAUCGAUAAUUUGAAUUGUUUCUACAACCUGGCCCCGCUUCACCGGGGUCUUGUCUCUAUACCAAUCAUCACGAUCGAUGGGAGGGUAACUUCAUUUUCAGCGACUGCUACGAACAGCAGAUAACAGAGCCCAUGCGAUUUAUGAGAUCGUAGCGCGAUGAAUUCACAAUUACGGCAACAUUAGCAUUUGGCGCGAGAGAGCUUGUUUUUACAAUGGCGGGUUUUGAUUAGGAGGGCAAUGUUCCUCAGGCGUUGGCGGUUUAAAGGGUUUCGGGAGACAUGAAUUCGAGACGUCGAAACUUUCUCCCAUGAUUUAUGAUAGGAACGAAUAAAUCGUUACAACCUCUA